CGGGGUCUGCGCGAGUCGGCGGCGGGCGGCGCUGGGCUCGCGGCAGGGCGAGAGAGAGGGAGCGCGAGCGAGCGGGGUGGGGGCGGGAGCGGGAGGAGGGGAUGAGCUCUUGGUUCCCCCUGGCCAGAGAGCCGCUCUCCGCAGCUGCCUGUGAAUGAACUGAAGCGAGGCCGCCGGCCCGCCGGCCCAGCCCCGCCGCGGAUCCCUCCCUACCCCGGCCCGCUCGGAGCGCGGCCCUGCCCCCCCUGCGCUCCCCGGAGAGCCGGUGCCUUUGGCCGCCGCCGCGGGAUUUCUGCAAACAUGUCAAAGAACUGAAGGAACAAGUCAUCAUGGGAGCGUUUUUAGACAAGCCAAAGAUGGAGAAGCAUAAUGCCCAAGGGCAGGGUAAUGGGCUACGUUAUGGGCUAAGUAGUAUGCAAGGUUGGCGAGUUGAGAUGGAGGAUGCACAUACAGCUGUUAUUGGUUUGCCAAAUGGACUUGAUGGAUGGUCAUUUUUUGCUGUAUAUGAUGGGCAUGCUGGAUCCCAGGUUGCCAAAUACUGCUGUGAGCAUUUAUUAGAUCACAUCACAAGCAACCAGGAUUUUAAAGGGUCCGAUGGACCACCCUCUGUGGAAAGUGUAAAGAAUGGAAUCAGAACAGGUUUUCUGCAAAUUGAUGAACAUAUGAGAGUAAUCUCUGAGAAGAAACAUGGUGCAGAUAGAAGCGGGUCAACAGCGGUGGGUGUCAUGAUUUCUCCUCAACACACUUACUUCAUCAACUGUGGAGACUCAAGAGGUUUACUUUGUAGAAACAGGAAGGUUCACUUCUUCACACAAGAUCACAAACCAAGUAAUCCACUGGAGAAAGAGCGUAUACAGAAUGCAGGUGGUUCUGUAAUGAUUCAACGUGUGAAUGGCUCUCUUGCUGUGUCUAGAGCUCUUGGGGACUUUGAUUACAAAUGUGUCCAUGGGAAAGGCCCUACAGAGCAGCUUGUCUCACCUGAGCCUGAAGUUUACGAAAUUGAGAGAUCAGAAGAAGAUGAUCAGUUUAUCAUACUGGCUUGUGAUGGUAUCUGGGAUGUUAUGGGAAAUGAAGAGCUCUGUGACUUUGUAAGAUCCAGACUCGAAGUCACUGAUGACCUUGAGAAAGUUUGCAAUGAGAUAGUCGACACCUGCUUGUACAAGGGAAGUCGAGACAACAUGAGUGUGAUUUUGAUCUGUUUUCCAAGUGCACCAAAGGUAUUGCCAGAGGCGGUGAAGAGAGAGGCAGAGUUGGACAAGUACCUGGAAAGCAGAGUAGAAGAGAUCAUAAAGAAGCAGGGUGAAGGAGUACCAGACUUAGUCCACGUGAUGCGUACGUUAGCAACUGAGAGCAUCCCAAACCUCCCGCCAGGGGGUGAAUUGGCAAGCAAACGGAGUGUGAUUGAAGCUGUUUAUAACAGACUGAACCCCUAUAGAAAUGAUGAUGCUUCUGGAUUAUCCAGAAACUGCUGUAAUUUUGGGCACUCCAGACUUUAAAGGGUUCCUUCUUUUUUCUCUAUUAAGGACUCUGCGUCAACUGAUGAUAUGUGGUAAAACUGCCCAUCUAGCUGUGGAGUUUACAUUCAUCCUCCAGUUGAAAGUGCAGCCCAACCUCAGUGACCCUUCUUAACGUCCAUCCUCAACCUUAUUUAAAGAAGGGAUUAUGAUGUGUUGGUGAGAGUGACUACACCAGAAAACUACAGCAGUACGACAUCUAGCCCAGGAACUGAUGUUUUUUUUUGUAAAACAGACUUCUGUAAACGUGAUUUCAAACCAUAAUUCAUGUUGUAAAUCAGACUCCAGCAAUUUAUGUUGUAUGAUUUUGUUUUUGUAAAGUGCAAUUGUCCUUGUACAAAAUGCUCAUAUUUAAUUAUGAAUUGCUUUAAAUCACUAUAAAGGUUAGAAGAAAUGUUUGGCUUGUUGUGUGAUGCAACAAAUAUAUAGCCCUUUAAAUUUAUGUUGUGGUUUUGGAUUGCAAGGAGCAGCAGCCUAGCCAGCUAGAUGCUCAAGAGGUGCACAAAACUGUAAGAUUACUUUUUAUUUUAUAUAUAAAGAUGAACAUUCGGACAAUUUAUCCCAACUGUAGUAUAUGAAUUUGCCUGGCAGUGGGGAAAAAUAACUAACAUACUGCUCGUUCUCCAACAAACCUAUCUUUUUGUGUUUUCUAUUGCUAUUUACUAUGGUCCCAGUCCUGCUCCCACUUUAAAUCAAUGAGGGUUUCGGCUGUGACUUCAGUGGAAGCAGGAUCGUGCUGUAUAAUACAGAUCAAUCAUAAGUAUAUGAAUUUUGAGGUUAGAAUGCCUUGAUUCUUUGCACCUCUUUUUUACAAACCCUUACCCAAAAUUACUAAUCAGUUGAGCAAGAGGGAGCAACUUUCUACAUACAGUAGGAGUCUGCAGCAUUUUUACUAUUCUGAUUGGCUGAGUCUGCUGCUGUUCCAAGUAAAAUAUUCUGAAUUCCAUUUUAUCAAUAAAGCUUGAUUUAACAAACAAGA